AUGGAUCCUUCUCCCAUAAAGUCGGCCGGGCGGUGCCGGCGGCUCCGCCAGGGGAGUGGCCGCGAGCGGGGCUGGGUGCGCGCUGAGGGCUCUCGGGCCCUCGGGGGUGCUCGGGGCGGGGGCAGGGCCGCCCAUCCCGAGGGCCCGGCCCGGCUCCCGCUGCCGCCCGCCGGGUUCGGCCCGGCCGCCCGCCCGCGGCCCCGCUCAUUUCCGGCCGGGGCCGCCCCGGCGCCAGCGGCGGCUCCGCUCCCGCUGGGCCGAACGCAGGUGCCGCUCGCUCCCGCCGGGCCGGGCCGGGCCAGCUCUUCUGUUUGGCCCUGCCUGGGGGAAGAAGACUUUGAGAAGAUGGAGAACCAGAGUGGAGUGCUCUUGGGAUACGUCCGCUGGGAAAGGAAAGAGGAAGGGGGUGAGGAGGAUGGGGUGUCUCCUCGUGUUUCUCCUGCCAGCCAAAUGAGCAGAUUGGAAGAUGUGCAGGUGGAGAUGCUUGAGAAGGCAAGGGAGCUCUUCCAGCUGUGUGACAAGGAUGAGAAGGGUUUUAUCACCAAGGUGGACAUGCAGCGGCUCCAGAGUGAACUCCCCCUAACCCCUGAGCAAUUGGAGACUGUUUUUGACAGCUUGGAACAGAAUAACAAAGGAUACCUGACACCUGUGGAGUUCAGCAUGGGUCUAGGAAAGUUAAUAGGGAUUGAAUUGUGUCAAGGAGCUGGGAGAAUGGAUCACUCCAGACACGAGGAGACCUUUGAGUCAGGCUGGUCAGAUGACUUGGACCCUGCAGAUGAUGAUGAUGAUGAAGAGAAACGAUUCUGUUCCAUGAUGGAGCAGCUUGGAGCAGCCCAGUUGUUUGAAGACCCACAUGAGAUUCGGGAGCUCUGGGCUCGCCUACGGAAGGAGCGUCCAGAGCUCUUAUCCAAUUUUGAAGAGUUUCUGUUGCGUGUUUCCUCGUACAUAAAGGAGGUGAAUCAUGAGAAGGAGUCUAUGGAGCAAGCAUUGAAGAGGAAGGAGUCAGAUCAUGAUCGAGAAGUCAGGUGCCUUUAUGAAGAAAUGGAGCAACAGAUCAAAGCAGAAAAGGAGAGGCUGGUCUGCCAGGAAGCACUGAGGCAUGACAGGAGUAACCUGCUCCAGAAGGAGCUGCACAACAAAGAGCAGGAGCUGGAGAAAAUCCUCUACCGCCAGAAGAAGCUGGAACAUCAGCUACAGUCACUGAACUCGGAGCAGCUGGAGACGCGCGUGCAAAACGAAAGGCUCCGGCACCUGAAUGAAAACCUGCUGGAAGAGCUGGAGAAAAGCAAAUGGGAGCUGGAGGCAGUGAAGGGACAAUUACAGAAGCUCCAGAAAGAGGCUCAGAUUGAGCAAGAGCAGAAGGACAGGGAUGUGUUUAGAGUCUCCAAGAACAUGCAGAAAGAGAAACAAAGCCUCCUUCGGCAGCUGGAGCUCCUCAGAGAAAUGAACAAGAAACUUCGAGAUGAGCGAGAUGCCUUUGAAGCCAAGAAGCUGGUGCCUCAGAACAAAAAUACCCUGUUGAAGAAAGGGUCAGUGCUAGGCAGUUACCUGCUGGAGGACAAGCCUGUCAAACGACAACUGGCCUCUGCGGACCUUCCCUUCACCUUCCCAGUGGACGUGGCAGUGGAAGAACCCAACAGAAAGAACUGCAAAUACUUCCCAGGCAAUGGGGUUUGGAUGAAGACAGGAGAAGGAGGCAGCACAAACUUUGGAGAGAACAGCAGAGAUGAGGAGAGAUGGCCCUUGGCAGCAGAUCCUGAGUGGUUUAAGAUGACUUUGAAGGGUGACUCUGACUGCAGAAAAAAUGCAGAUGGCCUAGAUGCUGCUCUGCUGCCUCCUCGAGCCCAGCCUGUUGGCACUGAAACCAGGCUCCAAGCACUGGAAGCAGCCAGCUAUUCCCCAGAUCGCAUCUUUAAAGUGGUGUUUGUGGGGAAUUCUGGUGUUGGGAAGAGUUCCUUCAUCCACCGCUUCUGCUAUGACAGGUUCUUGGCUGAGCUCAAUGCAACCAUUGGUAUUGAUUACCAGGUGAAGAGUCUAAUGGUGGAUAACACCCAGGUUGCCUUACAGCUGUGGGAUACAGCUGGACAAGAGAGGUUUCGGAGCGUCACCAAGCAGUACUUCCGGAAGGCAGACGGGAUCCUGGUGAUGUACGACAUCACAGCCGAGUGCUCCUUCGUGGCCGUGCGGAACUGGAUGAGCAGCGUCCAGGAAGGAAUAGAGGAUGGAGCUGUGGUGUUUCUGCUUGGAAAUAAAUUGGAUGCUGUGCAGAGAGAGACGCGGAAAGUGCCCAAGGUGGAGGGGGAAAGGCUGGCGAAGGAGUACAAGGCUGUGUUCUACGAGUGCAGUGCCAUGACUGGCUACAACAUCAUGGAGCCCAUGCUGCACAUGGCCAGGUUGCUGACAGCACAAGAAGACAGGCAGAGGGAGAAUGCCCUGCAGCUGGAGGAUAUCAGCAGGAGGAAAGGGUGCUGCACAUAA